AUGUCUAAUCAAAACAGUUAUCUGAAUCAAUAACUAGCAAUAAGGCAUCAAACGAAAGAAGAGCUCUUGAAGUCUAUCAUAAGCAAGCAUGAUGCUGAGUUAUCUGGAUUUGUAAAAGAUGAGAUCUUUCGAGCGAAUGACAAAUAAGUAGAAGCUCUUGUCUAUGGCUAUUGUCCUAUGAUUUAAUCAAAAAGAUUCAAUGUUUAAUCUAUUAUUGCAAGAUAAAAGCUUUAGAUUUAGAAAAAGGAGAUUUAACUUACAAUGAGAAAUUUGAGCCUCAAGUAAAAUGUCAUACCUGUUAAGGAAUAUGAGGAAAAGUUACGAUUGUUGCAAUAGAAAAUUGAUGAAAUCAGUAGAAACAUAGAAAAUUUAGAUGAUGCUCUAGAAAUAGAGAAAAUGCUUGGAUUGCAAAAAGAGCAACAAGCGCGCACAGUUAAAAACCUAGCUGAUUUUUUGAAAAAUAAUAAGACAAAGGAAGAAUUAUAGAAAGAAAAAAAAGAGGCUGAGGAUUUUAUAAAAAAGAUUAACAAUUAAAGAUCAGAGUUUAGAAAUCAGAUGGAAAGAAUUUAGAAGAGGAAGAAUUAGCAUAUAAAGGAAUUGGAAUAAAAGCAUGCAAUGGAGCAGUAAGAGAAACUAAUGCUUUAAAAGAAAGAGAAGUAGGAAUAAGUAGAGAAAUUUUAGAAGGAAUUGAAAAUUAAAGAUGAACUCCGUAAAAAGGAGAAUCAGGAGUAAGCUAUUAAAGUACAAGAGAUUUUAAAUGCUAAACCUCUAUAUAUGCAAAAGGAGGAGAAGUAUAAGGUGGAAGAAGAGAAAUCAUACCUAGAUAAGUAGUAAGAGUAUAUUAAAAAUGUAAAAGAAAUAAGGAGGCCUAUUGAGCUUAAAGAGAUUGAGGAUCAUAGAGUUAAAUAUUUAGAGGCCAAAAGAUUUAAGGAACUCAAGCUUCAAAAAGAUAGAGAGAAAUUUUUAGAUGAGGUUGAAGAAAGAGCUAGAUUGGAUGAACUCAGACUUAAAAAAUAUCUAAAUAAAUCACCUAUGGCAAUGUAGAUGUAUGAGAAGGAAAUCUAAGAUCAAGAAGAAAAGGAAAGAGAGAAGGAAGUGCAGAGGAAAAAAAUGUAGGAACGAGUCUAGAAUUAUAGUCAUUACGUUCGUGAAAUGUACUUUCCUAAGAUUAGUCUCACCAAGAAAGAAGAGUUAGAAGAACUUAAAAAUCAUAUCAAAACUACUAUUCGAACUUCCAAAGCUUCUUCUUCUUAACGCUAAUCUUUAACCGAUCUACACAAUGAUAAUAUAACUAGCAAAUCAAUGGUUAACAGUCAUUCAGCAAAUAAAUUGUCAAUAGCUAAGUAUAAUCAUAGAAAAAAUAAUGAGAAUAACUUCAAUGCAAAGACUGAAAACUCUAUUGAGUCUCAAAGUAACUCUAAUAAUCAUCAACCGAAAAUUAAAAGAGUUGAUUGGACCAAAUUCGAAAACAAACUUAAGCCUCAGACACCUACUCAGCUCAAACCUACUUAAUACCAUGACAGCACAACUGAUUAUCUCAAAGAUCAAAGGGUUAAGAGAUCUAAUUACAGUGUCAAUCCAAAUAUGGCUUUCAUAGAGAGAUAGCUUAAUAACAAUGAUAAGAUGGAUAAAGAAAAAUUAGAUCUUAUUAAAGAUAGAGCUAGAUAAAUUGAAAGAAGAGCUGCUAUGGACGAGAAAAUACUGAGAAAUGAUAAUAAUAGAACAGUAGAGGAUGAGAUGGCAGUUAAUGACAUGUACCUCGAUGCCAUUACAGCUAAACUUAGACUCCUAGAUAGAAUCUGA